UUUUGGACAAGUUUUCCUGGUUGUUGCGAGAGUCGGGAUAUAUGCACAUCCAGUCCACUAAACCAGACACAGUGGGCGCCGCACUCGUCGACAGUCCCGUCGGUUUGGCCGCGUAUUUGUUGGAAAAGUUCUCGACGUGGACUAACCCGGACUACGUGACCAAAUCGGACGGCGCGCUCACCCAGAAAUUCACCAUGGACGAGCUGUUGACAAACGUUAUGAUCUAUUGGACAUCGAAUAACGUGGCGUCCAGUAUGCGCUUUUAUAAGGAAACUAUGGCCAAGUUUUACGAACUACAACUCGAUCAGAUACCGGUGUCGGAGUCGGUGCCGGCGGCUGUGGCCGACUUUCCCCAUGAGUUAAUGCGAGGGUCUCGAGCCCUGAACGCCUACCAGUACCGUAACCUCGUUCAGUACACAGAUAUGCCCAGAGGCGGCCAUUUCGGGGCCUUUGAAGAGCCAAAACUCAUGUCCGACGAUAUCAAGUCUUUUGCCCGAAAAGUGUUGGAUUUGGAGGCCAUCGAGAGGUCUAAACAGAAGACUACGAAAUAA